CUAAAAGUGUCAUCCGAACCCAAAUAGUAAAUUUUGGGUGUGAAAUCCGGCCACCCAUUUUUGUUGAGAAAUUGUUCAAUCUCAACCUCGUUUAAGGUAUAAAUAUUGCUUCUAUUCUUAUUGUAUUAUGUAUAUUGUUUUAUUUUUUAUUUUUGUAAAUUAUUAUUUGAGUUUUUUUAUUUUAUUAGUAAUAUUAUUGUGUUUUAUGUGUAUAGUGUCGGGAUUUUUUACGGUGGUCGUCGGAUUGCGGUUAUUAGGUAAUAAUUUAUACCACAAUGUAUAGUAUAUAUAUGUAUUUGUAUAUUUUAUUGAAUAUUUGUAUAUAAUGUGUGUAUAUAUUGUGUGUGUGUAUAUAGUGUGUGUAUAUUUUUUAUGAAAAUAAAUUUUGUAAUUGUAUUUUAUAUAUUUUUUGCAAUAUAUAUUUAUUGUGAAUAAAAUGACAUUGGAGGGAUUUCAUUAGUUUAGAAAUAAAAAUUUUAAAAUUGAAUUAGUGUGUGAUAUAAUUUUAUUUUUUUGAGAUAAUAGUGUGAGAUAUAAUUGAUUAUAUAUAUGUAUGUAUAAUUUAGUAACUAAGUAACUUGUUACAAUUUUUUAUAACUAGUUAUAAGUUAUGAAAUAAUUAAUUUUGUAAUUUCGUUGUAUUUCUUUAUAUUAUAGGGGUUCGGCAUAAUUUUGUGUGUAGCGUAUUUGGGCUUGCAAUUAUAGGUAUAUACUUUUACUAACUUUUUCUUAAUAUAUAAUUAAUUAUCAAUGCAUGUUAGUUGAGUUUGAAUAUCUUAAAUAUUCAUCCGUAGUGAAGUAGGUUCUGCGAAUACAUGUACUGCGGUCGGAUGGGUGGAUUAAUUUUGUAUUGUUUAUCUGUUUUGUUUGUUAUUUUAGGCACUUGUAAAAUUUUUGGGAACGUCCAAUUACAGCCGUUAUGCUGCCGAAAUUUCGGUAGAAUUAGGAUAAAUCUUACUAAAACCAUUCAUAAUAUAGUUAAUUAUAACAUAGUAAUAAGAAGUUAGGUCACAUAAAAAAAUAAUAAUAUUCACAUUUAUGUAAACUUUUUAAUUUUACCAACAUUCUAAUCAACUAAACAACCUAAUAACAUGAACUAAUGUAAAACGAAAAUUUGAGUAAUUUUUAGAUUAAUAUGAAUAAAUUGUGUGAGAAACUUAGUUAGUUACAUUGUGUAAUUAGUAACUAGAUAUAAUUAGUUACUAAAUAAAUUAACAAAAUAAACAUAUAAAAUCCUUCUUUUUUUAUUUUUUUUUUCUUUCAUUUGAGAGGUUCAAUGUGGAUUUUUAUUUUUCAAAGAAAAUAAAGAGCAAAAGUUAAUUAAAAGGGGAAAAUAUUAGUUAAUACCUUUAUUGCUUUACCAAAAAAAUUUCCCCUCAAUUUUAUUUAUUAAAAAUAUUUAACAUUUUAAUAACAUUCUAAUCAACAAAACAACCUAAUAAUAUGAACUAAUCUAAAACGAGAAUUUGGGUAAUUUAUAAAUUAAUAUGAAUAAAUUGUGAGAAACUUAGUUAGUUACAUUGUGUAAUUAGUAACUAGCUAUAAGUAGUUACUAAAUACUGAAUUUUUUUGGAUAGGAUUUUUGUUAUGGAUAAAUCAUGGAUGCGUGAGGAGAGAGACACACUGCGAUUUCAAGUAGGGUUCGAUGCAUUUUUAGAGUUUGCCUUAAAGAAUUCUACAAAUCACGAUCGUAUUCAUUGUCCGUGUGUAGAUUGUUGUAAUGUAUCUAAAGGGAAUAUUACAAUGAUUAAGGACCAUGUGUAUUUACGAGGUGCACGGGAAGAUGACUUGUUCACGGAAGAGAAGAUGGCGUUGAUCCCUAAUUCGCUAAAAUGGAUGAUUCAUGAAUUCCUAAGGCUCAAAGAUAAACGUGAUAUAAUCACAAUUUCUGUCCCCCGAGGAUUCAUUGCACCGCGUACCCAGAUCACGUUAUCUGGAGAGGAUUUGCAGCAGGUUGCUACGUGUAACUACAUCGGCAACCAGGGAAUGCUGUUUGGAAUGAUGCACAUAUGGGAGAGCAUCAACGGUCUGAGAAAAUUUUUCAAGUUUUACGACCCAGAGCUUCUCACAGUGCAUGGGAUCAACGAUGAAGAACAGAGUCAGUCUUUUGACGAUGCGGCAAGACGAUUGGCUAAUUGGUUAUCAUUAAUGAACAACAACCACCAAAUGUUCUUUAUUCCUUGGAAUAUCGGGAUGCAUUGGACGCUAGUGGUGGUUGCGCCAAGGAAAAUUAUCCAUUUAAACCCUGUAAAAGGCCGCCCAAUUCCCGAAGAAAUAGAACAAAUGAUCGGAAGGUAAUAAUUUAAUAACUUCUUAUGUAACGAAUUUAAAUUAACUAACGAAUUGAAAUGCUAAUAUAAUUUUCCCAAACAGGGCAUUCAUGUAUAUAGGGGACGCACAUCAGUAUCUUGGCUCGUGGCAAGGAAUUUCACAAGCAAACUGUCCAAGACAACCUAAAAGCCAAGAAUGCGGUUUUUAUGUUUUGAAAUAUAUCACUGACAUCGUCGCACGUGCCAACCCCAACCGUUACAUACAAGAUCAAAAAGCUGUAAGUUUUAAUUAUUGAUUAUAGUAUAUAAAUUUUAUAAUAACAAAUAUAUAAUAUACAUAUACAUAAACUAAUAUAAAUUUUUAAUUUUUUUAACAGUUUGGGGGUAAGAAGCAAUACGAUCCAAAAACAGAAUUGUUACCACUACAGCGAAAGUGGAUCGAACAAUUGAUGGCGGUAAUUCACGGUGACGAUUGAGGUUCAAAGGUCGAAGAAUUUUUCUUCAUUAUGUAAUUUUUAUAGAUUAACUUGUAGUUAGAUUUAUUAACUUAUUAAUAUUUUUAACUAAUUUUACAUGUUUGUGUAAUAUUUAAUUACUUUUAUGAAAUCAAAUUAUGUUUUUACCCAAA